CAUCGGCGCAGUCACACUCGUCUUUAUUUUUCGCUUGCGGACUAAACAAGAAUGGUUGAUCGGCGCUCGAUCUCAGCCAGCCCCACUACGAAACGUUAUUUAUGAGCGGUUCAUAUUACAAAUUUAUUUGUUUGUUUUUGUGUAUACCGACUAUCGUAUUAUUUUAACAAAUGUGUUAUGUUCAAAUCACCAUGCGUUUCAAUAUUAUUUAGUAGCGCGCGCUGUAAAUUAAUUUCUUUUCCAUUUCGCUGCACGCUUUUCGUCUCGUCAUGGAUAUGGACGCCCCCCCUAAUUCUAUAUACCCACAUUCCGCGACGCUUUUCGCCGCCAUCAGUGCCUGCGUAUUUGUUACAAUUGGUGUAUUAGGUAACCUCAUUACUUUGUUGGCACUACUCAAGAGCCCCACGAUACGAGAACAUGCGACAACAGCAUUCGUGAUUUCGCUGAGUAUAUCGGAUCUGCUCUUCUGCACGUUCAGUUUACCAUUAACAGCCGUGCGAUUCUUUCAAGAGAGCUGGACAUUCGGCACUACUUUGUGUAAGAUAUUUCCCGUCAUUUUCUAUGGCAAUGUGGCAGUUUCAUUGCUGAGUAUGGUGGGCAUAACUUUAAACAGAUACAUACUCAUAGCUUGCCAUAGCAGAUACUCACAGAUCUACAAGCCUAAGUUCAUAACACUGCAGUUGCUUUUUGUGUGGGCAGUGUCCUUUUUGCUGCUGCUCCCCCCCAUAUUGGGCAUUUGGGGUGAGAUGGGCCUCGACGAAGCGACCUUCUCGUGCACAAUACUUAAAAAGGACGGGAAAUCGAUAAAGAAAACACUAUUUCUCAUCGGGUUCCUGCUGCCCUGUCUCGUGAUCAUUAUCUCAUAUUCCUGCAUAUACAUAACAGUUCUACAUCAGAAGAGAAAAAUCAAGAGCCACGACAAUUUCCAGAUUGCCAACGCCGCUGGUGGUGGCAAGGCAACGUCCGGUUCCUAUAUGACGACAACGAGCACACGGAAGGCGCGCGAAGACAAUCGGGUGACGAUCAUGAUGGUCACAAUCUUCUUUUGCUUCCUCAUCUGCUUUUUGCCACUGAUGCUUGCUAAUGUGGUGGACGAUGAGCGCAAAACGUCAUAUCCAUGGCUACAUAUCAUCGCCUCAGUGAUGGCCUGGGCCUCGAGCGUGAUCAACCCGAUCAUAUAUGCAGCCAGCAAUCGCAACUACAGAGUGGCCUACUACAAAUUAUUUGCAUUGUUGAAAUUCUGGGGCGAACCAUUGUCGCCAAUGCCAAGUAGAAACUAUCACCAAAGCAAAAACUCAAAGGAAUUAUCAGGCGUAAUACGCAGCACGCCAUUGUUUCAUGCUGUUCAGAAGAAUAGUAUUAACCAAAAGUGCCAAACAUAUUCAGUAUGAGUCUUUGUAUUAGGAUUUGUAGUUCAUACUAUAUUAUGUAUUAUUAUUUUUAAUUUAUACUGAUGCAUAUUAACAGCAUACAAGCAAAAUAUAUAUAUUAAAUAAAAUAUAUAGGCAAAUGA